GCCACUGGGCGUUCCUGCUGCGGGCGGAGGGAGGGAAAUCAGUGAGAAUUUCUACAUUUUACACGGGCUCCACAUGUUUAAAACAUCAACCAGUUAUAACAUCUGCAUAGUAAUCUGAUCAUUCUGGGAAGUGGAGUAAUAAAUAUACGCGGACUACUGGGAUUAUUGGAACGGUUUCUGUUGGCAGAUAAUUUAUGAUUAAAUGACAACCAACAUCAUCUUCCUCAUUAGUUAAACAUUUAUAUCACAGAGUUGUGAUUGGCUCAGUCCAUCCCAUUCCUCUGUUAUAAGUGGUUCCUCACUGGACUGAAAUUACCAAUUAGCUCUCUGGUGCCAGUCAGUUUAAAGAGACUGAAAAAUGGAGCCCAUGUUUGCCACUGGAAUGGCCGCAAAGCUUCGGAGUCAGUGGGACCGGGAUGAAGGUUUGGGUCAGAACCACAAUGCUGUGAAGUUCCUGGGACAAGAUUAUGGGUCACUGAGGGCCCAAUGCCUCCAGACCAGAGCCCUGUUUGAGGAUCCUUUGUUUCAAGCCAGCUGCACUUCACUGGGUUUCAACGAGCUGGGCCCUCGUUCCUCCAAGACGCAGGGUGUUCGAUGGAUGAGACCAAAGGAUAUUUGUUCACGUCCCCAGUUCAUCAUGGAUGGAGCCACUCGCACUGAUAUCUGCCAGGGAGCUCUGGGUGACUGUUGGUUGUUGGCAGCCAUUGCAUCUCUGACUCUGAAUGAUAACCUCCUGCACCGCGUGGUGCCGCAUGGACAGACCUUCAACAGUGACUAUGCUGGAAUCUUCCACUUCCAAUUCUGGCAGUUUGGUGAGUGGGUGGAUGUGGUGAUUGAUGACCGGUUGCCUGUGAAGGAUGGUAAACUGUUGUUUGUGCACUCAGCGGAGGGUGAAGAAUUCUGGAGCGCACUGUUGGAGAAAGCCUAUGCCAAACUGAACGGCUGUUAUGAAGCUCUGUCAGGUGGCAGUACGUCUGAGGGGUUUGAGGAUUUCACCGGCGGGGUCACAGAGAUGUUUGAGUUAACUAAAGCACCGUCUGACCUCUUCAGCAUCAUUGGCCGAGCCAUUGAGAGGGGCUCGCUGCUGGGGUGCUCUAUAGAUAUCACCAGUAAGUUUGACAUGGAGGCAGUUACCUUCAAGAAGCUGGUCAAAGGUCAUGCAUACUCAGUAACUGGAGCAGAGGAGGUGGUAUACAGGGGAAACAUGACUAAACUGGUGCGUAUCAGAAACCCCUGGGGUGAAGUGGAGUGGACUGGAGCCUGGAGCGAUGACUCUCGGGAAUGGGACAAUGUGGACCGCUCUGUCAGGAGCAGAUUACAGAACCGUAGCGACGACGGAGAGUUCUGGAUGUCGUUCAGUGAUUUCCUGCGUGAGUUCACUCGGUUGGAGAUCUGUAAUCUGACAGCAGAUGCUCUGCAGGCAAGUCAAGAGAAGAAAUGGAGCACGUCGCUCUAUCAGGGGGAGUGGAGGAGAGGAAGUACUGCCGGCGGCUGCAGGAACUACCCAGCCACAUUCUGGAUCAAUCCUCAAUUCAAGAUAGGCCUGACACACCCCGAUACUUCUGGCCAAUCAGAAUGCAGCUUUCUGGUGGCGCUGAUGCAGAAAAACCGCAGGAAGAAGCGAAAAGAAGGACAAGACAUGGAGACCAUUGGAUUUGUCAUUUAUGAGGUUCCAAGAGAGUAUUUGGGUAAGUCAGGUGUGCACCUGAAGAGAGACUUCUUCCUCAGUCAUGGAUCCAGCGCUCGCUCCGAGCUCUUCAUCAACCUGAGGGAGGUGAGCACACGUUUCCGGCUGCCAGUGGGCGAAUACAUCAUAGUACCAUCUACCUUCGAGCCGAACAAAGAGGCUGACUUCGUCCUCCGGGUUUUCUCUGAAAAACCUGCCAAUUCUGAGGAAAUGGAUGAUAAGGUCAUGGCUGACCUCCCUAAUGAGCAACAUCUGGAUGAGAAUCAGAUUGAUGCUGGGUUUAAGAGUCUCUUCAGACAGCUGGCUGGACUGGACAUGGAGAUCAGUGUCACAGAGUUGCAGACCAUACUGAACAGAAUUAUCAGCAAACAUAAAGAUUUGAAGACAGAUGGCUUUGGUAAGGAGGCCUGCCGUAGCAUGAUCAACCUCAUGGACGCCGAUGGAAGCGGCAAGCUUGGCCUUACUGAGUUCCAUGUGUUGUGGGAAAAGAUUAAACGCUACCUGGUGAUCUUCAGGGAUCAUGACUUGGAUAAAUCUGGUACUAUGAACUCUUAUGAGAUGCGACAAGCGCUGGAAGCAGCAGGUUUUAAGCUGACCAAUCAUUUGUUCCAGCUGAUUAUCCUUCGCUACACAGAAGAGGACUUCUCUGUGGAUUUCGACAACUUUGUUACCUGUUUAGUGCGACUGGAGACCAUGUUCAAGACCUUCAAGACCAUUGACACAGACAAUGAUGGAGUAGUGUCGCUCACAUUCUUUCAGUGGAUCUCUCUGACCAUGUUUGCCUGAAAUAAAGGGUGGAUUUCCAGUCCCUCCGUGCCCCGAGUUGGCAUUGAAACUGUUGUUGCCUCUUCUUCUUUAGUGCAUUCUUUUUCAAACUAUUUACUUUUGUUACUAUGCCCUUAGUAAUAAGGCUUUGUUUACAGUACCUUCAAUCAGAACAUGCUUUACAAAAUACUGUGCCAUCAGUGAGUAUUCCUGAAGCCAGGAGAACUGUACAGACCUUUACCAAGAUAAUUAAGAUAGACAUUUACCUGUUUCUGGCCACUUCUGGAUUGAGCUGCAUGUAUUGUCCCCUGGAAUGCCAAACAAAAUUCUGUUUACACUUCCUGUGCCAAAUGAGUAAGUUACUCAUCACCAAUUUCAAUCAUUCAUAAAGAUCUUCAAAAACAUUUUAUGAACAUGAAAUGCAUUAUGUUUUUCAAUAAAUGUCAUAUAUGGAAUGAUGCACACAUAAAAAGUGCUGUAUAAGAAAUGCGUGUGCUGGUGCGUUGUGAUGCUAUGCAUGUUACUCAAAGAAUAUGUUUAUUUUUGUUACCAUGUUAUACUGAAUUUCAUACACGUUUUAUGCCACAGUUAGUUCAAGACGUACUGAAAAACCAAAGGAUUUUUAAAAAAGCUGGUAGGGAUGAAUUUUUUUUAUUUUCAUAUGCAUUCCUUAAAUUCUGUUUAUAUGAGCAAUGCCAAAAGUAAUAUUAAAUAAAUAUACUGUAGACACUAGCAACACAACUGGGAAUGAACAGAAAUCGUAUAUACUUUGAUUAGAAAACAAAGAAAGUAGACAUGAAAAUGCUGUUCCUAAUUGAAAAUAAAAACAUACAAAGCCAUAUUCUUUAUUUUUGAUUCAACUGUGCAUUUUCAAUAAACUUUCUUUA